AUGUCGGAUGGGCCGGAUGAGUCGGGCGAGUGGCAGGUGGUGACCAUCGGCGUGUCGAGGAAAGGCGAGAUGUACACAAAUGCCCCAGAUGACGAAUAUGGCGCGAACCCAUGCCGUGACGCCAAGAUCUUUGCAGAAUUUACAAAACUCAUAUGCUUCUGCUCAGAGCCGGUGGUGUUUGCGGAAGAACUUAAGAGCAAGCCGGAAGGUGAUGCGUCGGCGUUCGAAGAGCCGGAAGACGAUUACUUUGAACACAUCGAUGAGAUAAUGCCCCUGCAAAUGGAUCUCCGAGAAAAGCUCGCUGCAGGAGCGACACGGAUGAAAGAAAAUAAUAUUAAAAACAUGAUGGUCUACUACGCCGGCCAUGGCGAGUCGAUUAACAAAGAGAGGACUGCGAGUUGCGAGCUUAAGCUCGUGCUGGAGGAUGAAGUCGUGCGCGCCGUGGAGAAGGCGAAGUUGGAGCAUGUGUGUGUCAUCGUGCUUCUGGACUCCUGCAGAGACGAGUUACAUAAGUCGCUUUACCAAAGCCCUCCUGAGCCAAGCGAAAGCAACACCUUUCGCUUCGGCUACUUCUGCCAAUUUAACCACCGUAUGCGGACUUCCAGCCUCGUGCUAGCUGCACUGAUGCAUAUGAUGCUGUCUGAAACAGAGGAUUCUGAAAUUGUGAUGUUCUUCACCCGGUUAAAGCGGGUGCUGCGCGACAUCACGGGUGGGCGGACCGAUAUGCAAUUGCCAGGCACCCUUCCUGACCAGGCUUUUUUCCCAGCCAAGUGCCGUAAGCUGAAGUUGCCCUUUGAGCGCGCGAAGGUAAGACGUGUUUUGGAGGAUGAAGAGUAUAAGGCCUUGCGGGACACGUUUGCUAUGUAUGGUCAUUGUGACUGCAUCAUGGAUAACGUGUAUCAGACUGGAGUUAUCCUUCGACAAAUGUUGGAGGAUACCAAGCAGAUGGUGGAGCAGGAUCACAAAAGUCAUUUGCCAGCCUUCAAAGACUCCGCACACACGCUGCGAUACCUCAUUCCGCAGUUGCAGCGCUUUGCAAAAGUCUUCCACGAGAAGAAAGAACUCUUCCUUUCUGAUUGGGAGCUCGAGCUUGGGGUGGUAAGGUGCAAAUCGUUUGAAGAAGUCCUCCAGGUGCUCGAAGAUGUGAAAGAGCGCGCCGAGGACCCUGUCGGAUCAUCCCUUCGGCCGCGAUGUCCAGAGGUUGUUCGCAAAUGUGUGGUGGAAGCUCGUCACACAUAUUCCAGCCAGGAAGGCGAGCAGUGGCUGAUGUCCGAAAAACAUCUUAAAGAUGUCUUCAAGACGUUGUCAGAAUACUUUACACCGUUGCCGCCUCUGACUUCAUCAUGCGUGAUCAAAGAGGAGGAUGAGCAGGUUCCGAAGCAAAAUCGAGGGUUCAUCUAUGAGCUUACCAUCGAUAUCGUUGCUGCAUGGUGCGUGGAUGGCAUUCGCGCAUCCUCGUUGACAGCAGAACAACUGGCCCAAUUGGAGCACCUGCAGAACCACUUCACGAAGAAAGACACUGAGACCAACAAGUACGAGACUAAGAUCUACAUUGGAGCCGGCAGCAUUUGGAUCAUGCUGCAGUUGCCGACACUUGAUGACAGGACCAUCCGCAGCAUUCACAAGGAGCUGGAGGCUUGGACGCAGAUGCUGCGCCAGUCCGGGGCAACUUGGCACGCUGCGAGGCUGCAGAAGGUGCCGCAGGCUGCCGUGCCCGGGGGGCUGCUGAAUUGGUGCGCGAGCUGGGCGCGGCCAAUCUGGCGACAGGGCCGGUCGUGA